AUGUUCCGGCUUCUGACCUCCUGCUGGUGUCGCCUAAAGACAGCUGAAGAGACCGAAAGACAUGUAGUCAUCAUCAUCAUUGGACUGGACAACUCAGGCAAAACUGUUCUUGUGGAGGCGUUCCAAAGACAACUCCCUAGUAGUAGUAGGAUGGACAGUUGUUCAAACUCUCAACUAACGACACUCCUGGUGGAUAAUUAUGAAGUUUCCAUCUAUGACCUGAAAGGAGACACGCAGGGCCGCGAAACCUGGCCAAACUUCUAUGCUCAGGCACACGGGCUUGUUUUCGUCCUGGAUUCCAGCGACUUGGAGCGCAUGCAGGAAGUGAAGGUCAUCUUACCCAACCUGCUGUCUGAUGAAAGAGUGGCUGGGAAACCCAUCCUACUCCUGGCCAACAAGCAGGAUAAGACGGAUGCCCUGCCGCCUGGUGAUAUCAUUGAAUAUCUGCUGCUGGAGAGACUAAUGAAUGAGAACAAGUCUCCGUGCCGAGUGGAACCUUGUUCAGUUGUCAAAGACCUCCAAAGGAGCCAUCAACCUAUAAUUGAUGGCCUGCACUGGCUGUUAUCUGCCAUUGGGGAGGAAUAUGAAGAGCUGUGUGCUCGCCAACAGCCACUGCCACCAACCAUUGCAGCCUCCAGUGGCACUAGAGGAUUUGAGGAAAGAUCCCCAGCAGACAGCUUUGCUACCCAGAUGGGAAUGUCCAAAGAAAAUAGACAGCAUGUAGGACAACACUCAAUGGAACCUAAGCCUCUGAAGUCAAUCCUGCUAAAAGAAGGUGUAAGAAUAAGACCCAAGAAGAACGUAUCAGUAACCUUUGCCUUAGAUGAACCCAUGGAGGAAGGUGAAUAUUCCGGGGGAAAUGGAUCUCAUAACACCGCUGGAGCU